CAGACUGAAGCUCCAGAGGAGUUUUCUGUGUGGCGGUGAGUUUGUUUUUGCGUUUGCUGCUUUCCCGCGCUCAAAAAAACGAUCAUUGACUCCUGCUGAUCACUUGUGGAUUUGGUUGAUUGUGGCUAAAAGCGUCGAUUUCGCGCGUAAAAUCCUAUUUUUUUCCCGGAGUACCUCGGUGGAUCAGUCCCAUCCCUGUUCCCGGUUCUGUGUCUUCUGUCCCCGGAUGUCCUCUCGCUGCUCCGCCGCUCCCUGAACCCUCCGCAGAGCUCCAGGAGCAGCAUGGCAGCAGGAGUGGCGGCGUGGCUGCCGUUCGCCCGGGCGGCGGCCAUCGGGUGGAUGCCGGUGGCCAGCGCGCCCAUGCCGGUGCCCCCGAAGGACAAGCGCCGCGGGCAGGGCGGGCUGAUCGUGUUGAACGUGAGCGGCACAAAGUUCCAGACGUGGCGGGACACGCUGGAGCGGUACCCGGACACCCUGCUGGGCAGCUCGGAGCGGGACUUCUUCUUCCACGAGGAGAGCAAAGAGUACUUUUUCGACCGCGACCCGGACAUCUUCCGCCACAUCCUCAACUUCUACCGCACCGGGAAGCUUCACUACCCGCGGCAGGAGUGCAUCUCCGCGUACGACGAGGAGCUGGCGUUCUUCGGCAUCAUCCCGGAGAUCAUCGGGGACUGUUGCUACGAGGACUACAAGGACCGACGGCGGGAGAACCAGGAGCGGAUCCAGGACGACGAGGAGAACGACCAGAGCAAUGAGCUGGUCUCCCCGGACCUGAGCUUCCGGGAGACCAUGUGGCGGGCUUUCGAGAACCCGCACACCUCUACCAUGGCGCUGGUCUUCUACUACGUCACCGGCUUCUUCAUCGCGGUGUCGGUGUUGGCAAACGUGGUGGAGACGGUCCCGUGCGGCACCGCGCCGAACCGCGUUAAGGAAAUGUCGUGCGGUGAGCGGUACGCGCUGGCUUUCUUCUGCCUGGACACCGCGUGCGUCAUGAUCUUCACGGUGGAGUACCUGCUGCGCCUGCUCGCGGCACCAAGCCGCUACAAGUUCGUCAAGAGCGUGAUGAGCAUCAUAGACGUGGUGGCCAUCAUGCCCUACUACAUUGGCCUGGUCAUGACUGACAACGAGGACGUGAGCGGCGCUUUCGUCACGCUGCGCGUCUUCCGGGUGUUUCGGAUUUUCAAGUUCUCGCGACACUCCGCGGGACUUCGCAUCCUGGGCUACACGCUGAAGAGCUGCGCCUCGGAGCUGGGCUUCCUGCUCUUCUCCCUCACCAUGGCUAUCAUCAUCUUCGCCACCGUCAUGUUCUAUGCGGAGAAAGGAUCCAGCGGCAGCAAGUUCACUAGCAUCCCGGCCGCCUUCUGGUACACCAUCGUCACUAUGACAACGCUGGGAUAUGGAGACAUGGUUCCAAAGACGAUCAUGGGAAAGAUCUUUGGCUCCAUUUGUUCUCUCAGUGGAGUGUUGGUCAUCGCUCUGCCUGUCCCCGUCAUCGUCUCCAACUUCAGCCGCAUCUACCACCAGAGCCAGAGAGCGGAGAAGAGGAGGGCACAGAAGGCGUCCAAGGAAGCAGGACAGGCGCUGGUGUGUAAUACCAACCCUAACUUUGAGGUGCAUCAUCAUCACCUCCUGCACUGUCUGGAGAAGACCACGAACCACGAGUUUGUGGACGAGAAGAUGUACGAGGCGAGCUGCAGGGAGGUGACUCUGGUGAAGCAGGUUUCUCGUUCUUCCUCCAUUGCCUCCUCCUCAUCUCAUGGCUUCAGCUCCUGCUGCUCCCGCAGGAAGAGGAAGACCUUCAAUGUCCCGAACUCCAACAUAUCUGUGGGUAUGCAGGGCAGUAUCCAGGAGCUGAGUACCAUCCAGAUCAGGGAGAGGCCACUCACCAACAGUCGUUCCAGUCGUUCCAGUCUGAACGCCAAAUUCGAGGAGACGGUUCCUCUGAACUGUGACCAGCCGUACAUCACUGCCGCCGUCAUCAGCAUGCCCACGCCACCCGGCACCACGCCCGAAGGUGAUGAAUCUGCCAGCUCCAACUACUCCCAGACCAACAUCGUCCGGGUGUCAGCGCUCUAGAUAACAACAAUCACCCCCACCCUCGGAGGUCGACGACCCCAUCACCAACACAGACUCAGGCAGCGGGGGGUGGCAGCUGAAUCGUGUGUCCUUGUUUGAAGUGACGGGUUAGAUCUGAUUGUUUCCCCUGGUGGCAGGAAACAUGAAUCCGAACACGCUAAGCUAACUCACCUGGGAAGUUUUCAGCGUUUUCUUUUAUGAAGAUUUUUACUCCAGCAGAGAAACAUCAGAGAGGAGAAGGCGGCAGCACUUCAGCUGAUAACUCGUCUUUAACGAGACACAUUCAAAUCGUCGCUGUUUUUAAAUCCUGUGUCACAUUUUAUGUCUUAGAACAAAGAAGCUGAAGCCAACGUAGAUUUAUUUAUUCUGAAUGAGUUUAAAGGAGACGUUUGACGUUUUAGGAACCACACUGUUCACCAUGUCACCUUAGUCAGUUUAGCCUAGCAUAGCACAAACACUGAGGGAAAGCAGAUGGAAACUGUUAGCCUAGCUUUAGCAAAAGUGAAGAAAGCAACAAGUCCAAAACUGUUUGAUUGAUAUGUUAAUCUCGUUAGCUAACCAGCUAAGAGUUAGCUGGGUUUAGUUGGCUGUAGCCUGGUUACCUCUGCUAUAACAUGUUCUGGUCAAAGACAAACUUACAACUUUGUCAUCACAUAAAAUGACAUGUUGUUCAAGGGGCUAUAUGUAAGUUUUCUCUGCCGCUGAACAUGGUGGUGAUGAUGGUGGAAGAGGAUA